CUUGCUCUGGCUGAUAUCUUAAUCAGUUACAUUUUGACACCGUCGUGUACAUUGUACUUAUCGCUUCUCCUUUCAGAUACUUUCAGUUAUUAUUACUUUGAUAUAAAAGAUUUUCUAUUUGAAAGAAUAAAAUGGGAAAAUAUUUCAUUUUAAAUUUUUUGCUGACAUUUGUGUGGUUAAGAUUCCCAUUGGCAAUGGCAAAAAUAAAUGUUAGUGUCAAUGUAACUGAGUUUUUGAAUCAUCGCCAGAAACGACAUCUUGUAUUUGAAGGUGGUGGAAAUAUUAAGCUUGUAAUGGGGCCUGCAUUGCCAGUUCCUUUAGGUGAUCCUGUUGAUUGGAGAGGCUUAAUUGCUGCUUAUAAUCUACAAGGUGGCACAUAUACCAUACAAUCGACACCACUAUAUCCAUGGGAUAAAUGGGAAACAAUUUUUUCACGUUCUGUGCGUAGAAUGCGUGCACGCAUCCAUUAUCCUGAUAAGUUUGUUGAAGAUGACUCGAGAUUAUUUGUGUACACCGCAUUAGAAGCUUUUAUGAAUAAAUUGCAUGGUAACGGACGUGAUUGCUUACUUCGUUCUAUUUGUGUCAAUGCACAAAUAGAUCAACAUGUUGGAGUUUUUGCUGAGAUAUAUAAUAUAGUACUUACACCUGGUAAUAUGCUUUUGGAACCUGCUUACAAAGCCGCGUAUGAUGCUGGUAAAUCCGGUAUAGAAUGUAAUAAGUUAUAUGGCAAAUGUACUGUCAUAUCCAAUUUUUUAGAUCAACAUAUGGCUGAUUUCUAAUUAAAUAAAUUUUAUUAAGACUAUAUUAGGCAAUUUUUAAUAAAUGUUUAAUACUUUGCCUUCUUGAUUUAUCUUCAUA